AUGGUGGCCGCUAUGCUGGAAACAAUAAUUCAAAUAUUCUCCACGCUGCUCUCACAGCUCGCUAUGGGAGUACAGGGAUUUCUCUAUAUCCUUGUCUCACGCGAUACCUUCAAUUCGCUUCUGGUUCCCCUGGCUAUGUUUCUCGUCCUCGUUGUCAUCCUCGGAACCGGACUUCUCUUGUUCUUUGUUGUAUACAUCGAAUAUCAUUGUCUAGAAUGUAAAUUGAGCUGGGUUAGAGCAUUGAGAAACUUUUCACGUCUGCAAUGGGCAUGUUGCUGUAGGACUUGUAUGGAGAAUGCCGAUGAAGAAGAUGAUCGAGAAGUGAGGGAUUUGGGCGAGAGAGAGGAGUUUGGGAAGUUGAUUAAGGAUGGAAAAGGAGGCGAAAAGAGGUUGAGGGUGGAUGGGGAGGGUGCAAGGGCAGUGCUUUGA